AUAUACCUCCAUAGUCUCGUCCAAAAUUGAAAAUAUUAGUGACCGUUAUUAUGUUCAUGGGAGAAUCAUCGAACAGUCUAAAAUAAUUGAUAGUAUCUAAAUUAAAUAACUGAAACUAUUAUGUUCACGGAUAGACAUGAUGAAAUGCAAGAAGUAUAGAUUAAUGCCCAUUAUUUAGCAACUGAUUGAGUAUCUUUUUUUUAAUGAGGAGCUCAUCCAAGAGUCCAUGCCAAAUGAUAUCGAUAAAUCCGUGAGUAAUAUCUAAUUAUCACUUUGACGUGUUGGAGUUGGAUUUUCUAACAUGUAUCGGACUGAAUACUUGGUCCAUUUGAACAUGAUCCUUUACUCGUGUCGCUUGUUAGGCUUCGUAUAACUGAACCCACAAGUGUCAGAGAGUAUCAAGACUUGUAGUCCACAUCAAAUAGACAUAACCCAAUUGAGUUCUAUAUAAACAGAGAUUAAGCUCAUUUCAAACAGGCGAUGCAUUUUCUAAGUUUAAGUACUUCAACAACAACUCAAAAAAAUCCGUGUAGGUUUUUGGCCCAGAACGAAUAAUUUUACUUUGACUUGUGUUUAGAGAGGUUGGAGUGUCCCUUCAUGGUUGAAUCAACGUUUAAGUUAACUCAUUGAAUUAAUUUCAUUGUCAAUAAUUAGUUAGAGAUUAGUGAUGGAGUUUGAUUCGAGUUAAUCAAUAAAUAUUAGUUAACAACUACCAUUAGUCUCGUCAUUUAAUAAUAAUAAUCGACGUUUCAACGGGGUUAAAUCAACGUAUCAGAAGUGAAGUUGGUCAGCAAUUGGACUUUCCAAUGUAUACUAUUAACUUUGAAUAUCAUUUGGUAUGACCAAAGACCAGUCUUAUAACUAAGAAUUUCUCGGUCAAACUUUUUCUUUCAUACCUCUGAUUCUCUGAAUCUCUCUCUAUCUCGUUUCUUCAAUUCAAAAAGACCCAUACCCAUGUAUAUAACCAUAUAUACAAACCUUCUAUUACUUGCACACAUAUCCAUUUAUUCCACAACAUAGAAAGCUCAUCAUUAAUCAUAAACCAAACCCAUUUUCCUUUUUACGUUAGUUUUGGUAUCUGAUCCUGAAUUUUCCCAGCAAACCAAGAUUCAAACUUGUCUUCUUCAUGUUCUUCAAUUAUUUCACUUCUUUAGUGGCCAUGAACCACCUUCAAUAGAUAUUCAAUAGUAUAUCUAUACAUAUCAAGAACAAAUUAAAAUGGGCGAUUGGGAGCAAAAGAAGCAUUUAAUAAAUGAGCUUGCAGAAGGGAGAGAGCUAGCAAAGCAACUCCAAAGCCAUCUGAAUCUUCCUUCUUCGCCAAAUGAAAAUGGAGAAGUUUUAGUUCAGAAGAUUAUAGCUACGUACGAGAAGGCGCUUUCUAUGCUGAACUGUAGUGUUGGUACCUCAUCAACAGUACCAGGAGCUGCUGCAAUUGGCUUUUCUGAAUCACCUCCUUCACUAAAUGGAAGUCCCAGGAGCGAUCAAGACUCCGAUCCCGAGCACCGAAAUGCUGGGUUGGGGAAGAGAAAGAGCAUGCAAAAAUGGACUAAACAAGUGAGAGUUAGCCCAGGAAUGGGAAUAGAAGGCCCUCUUGAAGAUGGGUUUAGCUGGAGAAAAUAUGGCCAGAAGGACAUUCUUGGAGCUAAACAUCCUAGAGCAUACUACAGAUGCACUCACCGACCAGUCCGAGGCUGUUUAGCCACAAAACAAGUGCAAAGAUCAGAUGAAGACCCAACAAUCUUGGAAUUUACCUACAGAGGAAGGCACACUUGCAAACAAUCUACCAUUAAUUCAUCAACUCAUUCACCACCACCACCACCACAACAAAACCAGUCCGAAGAGCAGCUGCUACUCAUGAACUACCUUUGUCCUGAAAACCAAUUUUUCCCUGUCCAAAACAAUCUGGCUGAGGAUUUCGCACCUUCAUUUCUGUCUCCUGCAACAUCUGGAACCGGCUAUUUCUCGGUGUCCCCGAAUGGGUUAAAUACCAGUCAUCAGAACUUUCAGAGUAACGAGGCUGAUCAGUUCAGUGAGAUUUUCUCUUCAUCGGCUGCAACUUCAGGUACUAAUUCUCCCACAAUUGGUUUGGAUUUCCAAUUUGGGAAUGCUAAUCAGUUUGAUACCCACUUUACAUUUGACCAUCCUGGAUCCCUUUCCUGAUUCAAUUCACAGUUUGGAGAUGUGAACAAACUGCAGAUAGCAUCAUGGUGUUUCACUUGUUAAGCAUAUAAGCAAUUGUAUUAGUUUCUGUCUGAUGACGAUGAAAGCUAGCCAAGUGUGAGCUAGGUCUUAUCUUUAAUGGCAAAUUCUAGUGAUAUUACAACUUCACAAUAAGCAAUCGAAGAAGCACAUCUUCAACUUAAA